AGUCCUGCGGCUCGGCGCGGCUCGGCAUGGUGCAGCUCGGCGGUGGCCGCGGAGCCCCCGCAGCGGCCCCGGCCGCGCCGCCGGCCUUCAGCAUCGACAGCAUCCUGCAGCCCGGCCCCCGCCCGGCCCGCAGCCCCGCGCGGCCGCUGCCCGAGCGGGAGGAGGAGGAGGAGGACGAGGAGGAAGAGGGGCCCGCGGAGCGCGACCCCAGCAAAGGCGCCGGCAGCUCGGGCAGCGAGCCCGGGCGGCUCCCCGCAGACGGGCCUGCCGGCCGCCUCGGCCCGCGCCCCGAGGGCAGCGGAGGGGCGGGCUCGCCGCCGCCGCAGGGGCCGCGCUGUGGCCCGGAGGAGGCCGGAGGAGCCGCAGGCUGCGGCAAGGAGAGCAGCAGGUCGGCGGCCAGCAAGAAGAAGACGCGCACCAUCUUCUCCAAGAGCCAGGUCUUCCAGCUGGAGUCCACCUUCGACGUGAAGCGCUACCUGAGCAGCUCGGAGCGCGCCGGCCUGGCCGCCUCGCUGCACCUCACCGAGACCCAGGUGAAGAUCUGGUUCCAGAACCGCCGCAACAAGCUCAAGAGACAGAUGUCGGCCGAGCCGGAGGGUCCGGGCCCGGGCCCGGCGGAGCCCCCCGCGGAGCCGCUGCCCCCCGCCGCCCUCCCCUUCCCGGCCCUCUACAAAGACAGCACCUUCCUCAGCCGCUGCCUGCUGCCCGUGUCCUUCCCCCUGCUCUGCCCGGGCAGCGCCGUCCCCUACCUCUGCCUCCCCAGCCCCGGCAAGUACUUCAGCCUCCUGGACGGGGACGUAUAGCCGCGCCGCCGCCCCCUCCCGGGCCUCUUCCCCCGCUCCCCGGGCCGCGGAAAUCCGCCGACGCCGCUUCUCCGCCCGGCGAGGCCGUGGGGCGCCCGCCCCCCCCCCCGCGCAGGGCACCCGUGGAUCGCUGCUCCGCGCGGGGGCACCGGCCGCCUCCCGCCCCCGCCCCGCCGGCGCCCGGGCUCGGGGAGCCGAUGCCCCGCAGCCCGCGGGACCGUCGACGGCACCGUGCAACCGUGUCGCCUUCCAUGCGGCGGCUUAAAAGCAGAGGCCAGGAUGCCCUGCUGCAUCUCAAACGCUCCACCUGUAACACCCCCAAAUUAACUGCCCCCCAUGACAUUAUCAAAGAGUAAACACCUCUGCUCGAAUCUGGCUCUCAAGCCGUGGCUUGCCUGAUUUUAUUUUAUUUUUUUCAAAAAAGACAAGCUCUCUCUCCUUUUUUUUUUUUUUUUUGCUAACCCCUCUGAAAUCUUGUGGGACAGUUUUGUCUAUCCUAGAGUAACGAAAUGUUGGGUUUUUUUUUCAAUAGGUUUCCAAACUCAUUUAUCUUCCUUUCGUUUUCAAGUUCACACUCUUUAUACUCAAAGGUGGGAAAUAAGCCUUUUCUAUGAGGGAGCUGAAAUGCAUGCCUUUCCAAUACGGCUACUACUAGGCAGUGCAAAAAGAAAGAUGUUUCCUAGCGUGCAUCGAUGGCUUUUAUUUUAAAAAUAAAGGUUAAAAAUACAA